GUCUGACCCUGGAUUAGGGUUUGCUCCAGCGACUGUACAUAGAGUGCAGUGCAUGCCUGUUUGCAUGAGAACUUUCCGCAGGGGCGUACGAGAGGCGAUGCUUCGGAAAGAGGACGGUGUGUGUUUAAUAUACCUGCUUCGACAAGAUCCCCAAGAAAGUAUUCAGUCUACAUUCUGCAUGCAUUUCUGAUGGAACAUUGACGAUUAUUCUGGACUUAGAGAGCCCAUGGCGGAGGAAACGCGCACCGAACGGCCGUCCAAUGGCCACGUGGACCACCACAAGGCCUGUGUGCGAGCUGCAAAGGAAUGGGAAGCUAGCGCCCUGGCGCCAAAGGCUGCGGAGAAAGCCGUGCAGGCAUUCUUAUUGGCGGUACCUCUCACGGCUGAGAGCACGGUGCUCGAGUUGGGGUGUGGGAGUGGCCUAUGUACAGCAUUGAUUGCUCGAAAGGUCGGAGCGGUUCUGGGGCUUGACCGAUCAAAGGGUCUGGUCAAGCGGUUUGAAGCGAAGGCAGCGAGUCUGAAGCUGCAGGACAAAAUGGCAGCCGUUCGAAUGGAGUUGAAGGACCCGAAGCAAUUGCAGGAUUAUCUGCCUGACGAGAGGGGCUUCGACGUAGUCUUCUCCCAUCGGGCGCUCCGCCAUUUACCAGAUUUUUCUGCCGCUUUGGGGGUUCUUCUGCGAGUAUUACGGCCCGGGGGCUGGUUGUUCGUUACUGACCUUGAAAGCGCAGGGGAUGUGGCCCCUCAGUUAAAUGGGAAUCAUCAGGAACAUGUAGUGCGAGAAGGCCUCAGCGGAGCCGAGCUCGAGCGGGGACUCCAAGCAGCGGGCCUCGUCGAUGUUUCCGUUGGCCGGUCGUUUAGUCUCGACGAUCCCGAUCAGGAGAAGGGGUCCGAAACGACCUGGUACCUAGGAGGUGUAGGACGGAAACCAUGCAGCUCGGCGCUGCGAUAACCAGCCCAAACCUCCGAGUGAGGCAAUGAAUCUGGGCAAAAUUUUGUUGAGUUGCUUACAUUGAAUUCUAGGAUACAAGUUGAGGCGGUAGCAAACUGCAGCUGCUUACAGAGUUACAAUCACGGCUAACACUAAUCAGACUGGGUUCUAGAAUGCACCGGAGUCGAACUUAGACCAACUCGACCUUUAUUGCAUGGUUUUUCCAGCAGCACCCUUGCGAAGCGUGGGUGCAACUGUAAAAGUAGUUGAUUGAAUUGUGUUGUGGUCGAUCUAGGAUUAGUCAUAUGAUAGGAAAGGGAAAGUAAGUAAGUUGCUAUUCAGCUGAGUCGCUUUUGAAUCGUGCUGCGCCAACAGCCUGCCAAACUUUGCACAAACUGUUCUCAGCUAGGGAAUGAUUCAGUGAGCUGGUGACAACCACACGCAAAGCUCUCAUGGGGCC